AAUGCGGUUGUUACUUUUCGCAUUUCUCCGUUUCGCGUUCACUGUAGCUCUUGUCCGAUACCGUUUUGAUGUGCAUCGUGACAUCGUCCCUCACCUCACGGUAUCGCUCUGCAAAACCUAAGAACUCCUCCUACCAGAUCUCAAAUUGUCCUAACAGACGAUUCACCAACGAAAUGUCCGAGUUAAAUCUCCUUGUAGCUCUCACCCUAGCAUUCAUGUGUUGCUUCGGCAGUGCGAUGAGACUUGAGCUCCGUUCCGGUCACACCAAAUGCAUUGCGGAAGACAUCAUGAACAAUGCGAUGACCGUUGGCAAGUACUUUGUCGUUAACCCAAACGAGGGGUCUCCUCUUCCUGAUUCCCACAAGAUCACCCUCAAGGUGAAUUCGCCUCAGGGGAACAGUUACCACUAUGGGAAUCAAGUGGAUUCAGGUAAUUUUGCAUUUACUGCAGCUGAGGCUGGUGACUACACGGCUUGCUUUUGGGCACCUGAUCACAAGCCCGCUGUAACUGUGACCAUUGAACUCGAUUGGAGAACUGGCGUAGCUGCCAAGGACUGGUCGAAGGUUGCCAAAAAAGGACAAAUUGAAGCAAUGGAAUUUGAGUUAAGGAAGUUGUAUGAAACAGUUGCAUCCAUCCACGAUGAGAUGUUUUAUCUUCGUGAAAGGGAGGAAGAGAUGCAAGACCUCAACAAAGCCACCAACACCAAGAUGUUUACCUUCAGUUUCCUUUCGAUUCUGGUUUGCUUGUCCGUGGCUGGUAUGCAAUUAUGGCAUUUGAAGUCGUUCUUUGAGAGGAAGAAGCUCCUAUAAGUUCUUCCCCAGGGUUUUUAUUCUCUAAGUUUCAUGGGUUAUUAUUUCCAGUUGAUUGGUUGUCCAGAUGUAUGAUACAGUUUCAAAAUCAUAUAAUUUUGCAAUCCAAUCAUUAGGAUUCUAUAACCAUCAUUUUAAUUACAUCGAUGGUAUGAAACACUAAAAUGGUAGAUAUUAUGAAUAUUUCCCAGUGUCUUUACUUAUUAUAUGAAUUCCCAUUUGGUCUGA